AUGCUGAGAUGGAAGAAUGCUGAAAGGCCUAGUGAAUUAGUCAGUCGAAUAAGGUGGAAGAAGGAUGUGAAGUGCUUCAACUGCGGCAAGAAAGGUCAUUUUGCUAAGGAAUGCAAGGAAGCUGGUGAAGAUGGAGAAUCUAGCGAAGAUUCAGCUAAGAAGCCAGCUAAGAGGGCAUUCAAUAGACCACGGAAGGCCCCUAGUAAGGGGAAGGCCAAAGCAAAGGCCAAGGCUAGGCGAAUUGCAGAUACAAGCAGUGAAACUGAUGAAGCUGCUGAAUUCAGCGAAUCUACCGAAUCCUUCAAACGAAUCUCCUUUGUCAAGAGAUCAGUCCAUGAUUGA